AUGGAGCGCCUCCUGCCGCUGCUGCUCCUGGCUGCUGCUGCCGUGGGGGACGAGAACCGGAUCGUGGGGGGCCGGAGCUGCCAGAAGAAGCGUCACCCCUACCAGGUGGUCCUCCUGGGCCCCCAGAAGAACAUCCACUGUGGUGGGGUCCUCAUCGACAAGUUCUGGGUGCUGACGGCCGCCCACUGCGACACCAAGAGGCCCAUCCCCAUCCGCAUGGGUGACCACAGCUUGAAGACCAAGGAGGGGACGGAGCAGUGCAUCAACUCGGCCAAGGCCUUCGUCCACCCCAACUACAACCCCAGCAGCCAUGACAGUGACAUCAUGCUCCUGAAGCUCCAGAAGCCGGCCCGCUUCACCGAGCGCGUCCACCCGGUGGCCCUCCCCAAGCGUUGUCCCCCACCCAACACCGAGUGCAUCGUGUCGGGCUGGGGCAGCACCAGCAGCCCUGAAGGGUACUUCCCCGACGUUCUCCAGUGCGGCGUGGUCUACACCAUGCCCAACGAAGAGUGUGGCAAGCUCUACCCUAAAGGCAUCACCAAGAACAUGCUCUGCGCCGGCGUCACCACGGGGGGCACCGACUCCUGCCAGGGCGACUCGGGAGGUCCUCUGGUCUGUGGGGCCGAGCUGCAGGGCAUCGUCUCGUGGGGCAUGCAGGUCUGCGGGCAACGGGGCAAACCGGGGGUCUACACCCGCGUCUGCGAGUUCACCUCCUGGAUCCAAGACACCAUGAGGAGGAACAGCCACGUCUGA